AUGACUGAUGAAGACACUACAAUUUUUAAACAACAAGAUUCAAAUGAAAUGGAUUAUCAGGCAUUGCAAUCUGCAGAGGAUGAUACUGUUAAGUCUUGUUGGGUAUGCUUUGCCACGGAAGCGGAUGAUAGACUAGCUGCCUGGGUUCAACCUUGCAAAUGUAUUGGUACAACGAAAUGGGUCCAUCAAAGCUGCCUUCAACGAUGGGUCGAUGAGAAACAACGUGGAAACAUAAGCCGAAAAGUGCUCUGCCCUCAGUGUAAAGCCGAAUACAUACUGGUGUUUCCUUCAAUGGGAGCCUUUGUAGCGCUAUUGGACGCUUUGGAGGAGAUCACACAUAAAGUUAGCCCUUUCAUAGCGGGUGGGGUUUUACUGGGCUCGAUUUACUGGAUAGCAAUCACAUAUGGAGCAGUAACUGUAAUGCAGGUUGUCGGGCACAGAGAAGGUUUAGAAAUGAUGGAGUCAGCCGACCCGUUGGUCUUACUGGUUUUACUUCCAACGAUACCGGUGACACUCAUCAGCGCAAAGAUGUACAAUUGGGAGGACUCAGUACUCCUCUUCCUGAGGAAGUACUGCGCGAAAAUACCUGCCCUCUCCUAUAUAUUGCCGUUUGGGAGUGUGGAGGGUGACAGAGGGGCCAUCGUUUCCGGCCAACAAAACAACAAUACUAACAACAGGCAUGCACAUUUAUCACCCACAAGAAUUUUCUGCUCCGCAUUACUUCUACCGACAAUUUCUACAAUCAUUGGAAAAAUAUUCUUUCGAUCAGUAAAAAAUAACCUCCACAGAACCAUUUUGGGCGGUCUCACAUAUAUCACAAUUAAAGGCGCCCUGAAAAUAUAUCACAAACAAAUGCUUUACAUCAGGCAUUCGAGCAGAAUAAUUCUAGACUACACAGAGUCUAAUCUAAAACUGUACAGAAGUUCAAUGAACCCGAAUAAUACUGACACAACAUCGAGUAACAACGAUUCCGAGCAAGUAAUA